AUGAGUCACCGGAGUGCUGCUAAACUCUACAAUAUCCCUGAAACAACACUUCGGAAUCGAAUGAACGGUUUAACCCCGCUACAGGAAUGUCGACCACCAACUCAAAAAUUAACUAAAUUAGAAGAAGAAGUGAUUCUUCAAUAUAUCCUCGAUAUGGACACACGAGGAUUUGCCCCUCGAUUGAGUGGUAUGGAAGAUAUGGCGAAUGAUAUUCUCGAUACUCGUGGAACACACUACAUUGGAAAGCUCUGGGCACAUCGAUUUGUAUAA